AUGGCGGACGUGGAGACGACGGACAUGGCAACGUCGGCUGCGGCGGCGAAGAAGAACAGGACGUUCAAGAAGUUCAGCUUCCGCGGCGUGGAUCUCGACGCCCUCCUGGACAUGUCCACCGACGACCUCGUCGGACUCUUCACCGCCCGGGCCCGGAGGAGGUUCAACCGCGGGCUGACGAGGAAGCCCAUGGCGCUGAUCAAGAAGCUGAGGAAGGCCAAGAGGGAGGCUCCCGCCGGUGAGAAGCCGCAGCCGGUGAGGACACACCUCAGGGACAUGAUCAUCGUCCCGGAGAUGAUCGGGAGCGUGAUCGCAGUCUACAAUGGGAAGACGUUCAUCCAGAUGGAGAUCAAGCCGGAGAUGAUCGGUCACUACUUGGCCGAGUUUUCCAUCUCUUAUAAGCCCGUGAAGCAUGGGAGGCCCGGUUUCUGUGCUACUCGUUCUUCCAGGUUCAUCCCUCUCAAGUGAUCAGGAUUGGUUUGGUUUGGUUUUAGUUUUUUUUUCGUUGGCGUUGUUGGGCUAGGGUUUGAAUCUAGUGUGUGGUGGAUGUUCUGUUUUUUUUUUCUUCUUUUACGGUGUGAUUUGAUGGUGAAUGAUUUGAAUGCUUUUUUUUGGGGAUUGUUUGUUCAUCAGUUGGUGUUUGUCGAAAGUAAUGGUU